UUAGGCUCACUACUCCUGGAGGUUUUUCAGGUAUCAUGAACAGUUUGGUCUGCAAAGUGCAGCAAAUGAUGAUGGAUACUCAUGAUCAAAAGGCAACCAGACAUGGAUGUCAGGCAAAAUACAAGCAGGCAAGAGAGGAGCGGAAGAUGCGCCUCACAUCUGCACACAAGUACAUGAUUGAACUCCUGGCAAACGGACUGUACUUGGAGCCAACAGCAGUAGAGGAAUUUAUUUUAGAUUCACCAUCUCUGGCUGCUUUCGAUGAUUUCUUUGCUGAAGGAGGUUGUAAAAUUAUUUCCUUCGUAUAUCAAGAAGCUGAAGUUCCAGGAAUAGAAUGUGGACGCUCAUAUCCUGGACAUACCAAAGGAGAAAAAGUUUUAAGGCUGUUUAUAGCCAAUUUGUCUCAGAUCUGCCUUACUGGUGUUUGUGGCUUCUUCACAAGGACAAGAGUUGACUGUCCUGUGGAUGUAGAAAACAUACGUGAGGAAAUCUUCUUUUCAAUGAUUGAUGCCAGAGGUGGCCUUCUGAAAGGAAUAAGGGAUAAUUUCAGCUACUUGCUACCAGCUCUUGAGGCACAGAACUGGGGUGUCUUAGAUAAGACUACUCGUGGAAAUAAAGUUGUGGAGAACUACAAGAGCACUGUAAGACAUUGUCUCGACUCCUUAUUAGCUACACAGAGGCGCAAUGAAAGUAUUGUUCAUCUGAAAUCAGUUACGGACAUUGACUUGUCUAAAUUGGCCACCUUUGAGGAUAUCACAGUUGCAGCUGCUGAUGUGGAGUUGGUAGAUCAACUGAAAGAAAUUCUAAUGCAGUGGUAUAAGCAAAUAGAGCAGAUACUGAUAGAAAAUGAUUCACCAAGGACAGUGGUUGAUACCGAAGGUCCACUGACCGAGUUAGAGCACUGGAAAAAAAUGUCUCUACAGUUCAACUCCAUUUUGAAUCACAUCAGAAGUCCUCAGUGUGAGACAGUAUCAAAGGUGCUCCUUAUCAGCUUUUACAAGAACAUGGAGAUGUGGAAGGAGAUGUGUGCCAGAAUAAUAUAUCGCACCAAUGAAGCAAAAGACAACGUGAAAUUCCUGAGCACGCUGGAGGAAGUUUGUCAACCUUUGUACCAUGCUGAUCCGGUCACCAUGAUGAAAAGUGUGCGUGACAUCGUUGAUGCCAUUCAGGCUAUUAACAGGGAUUCACUGUACUUUAAUUCAAGUGACAAGAUAUCUGUACUGUUCUCAAAGGUCACAAACCAGAUGGUUACAUCAUGCAGAUCCUAUAUUACAGACAAUGGAAAACUCUUAGUAUGGGAUCAAGGUGCUGAUGAUGUCCUCAGAAAAAUGCAGAACUGUAUCCAACUGUAUCAGGAAUAUCAGUAUUGUGUCCAGAAAACAAAGAAGCAAACAACAGACCAGCCUGGAGAGAAGUCAUUAGAUGUCUCUGAGACCCAGAUUUUUUGCCGCUUUGGUGGAUUUUGCAAGCAACUUGAAAUGAUCAGACAAAUAUUUACAGUGUCCAAGAAGUUUGAACCUCUGGAGAAAUCAAAUAUAGAGGGCAUUGAGAGUCUGGCCCAAAAGUUUCACACAAUGUUGAUGAACCUGAAAAAAAAACAGUAUGACAUGCUGACCCCAGGCUUAGCUGAAUUUGAGACAGAUUUUUCUAAGUUAAUGACUCAAAUCAGCCACUUUGAGAAGCAGCUGUGUGCAUUCAUGACCAGCUGCUUCUCAAACAUCAUCUCAUCCCAGCAAGCUCUGUCCCUACUACAGCGUUUUCAGAGGCUAAAUAUUCCCUGUCUGGACACAGAAGUUUCAAGUGUCUUGAGCAUAAUUCUUCAGCAUUAUGCCAAUGAACUAGAAUUUGUGAAACAGCACUAUGACAGACAGAAAGGUAACCCACCGCUAGCUAGAAAUAUGCCUCCUGUGGCUGGAAGGAUCAGUUGGGCCAGACACCUCUUCGAAAACAUUGAAUAUCCCAUUAGAUACAUACAGCAUCAUGACAGGUCUGGCAUCCUGUCCAGUCCUGAGGGUAAAGAUGUGAUGAAAACUUUUAAUCAAACUGCCCAUGCCUUAACGGAGUUUGAAGUUGUUCACCAUGAAGCAUGGAUGAAGGAAGUGUCAAAACUACGAUCUGUCUUGAAUUGUCAGCUGCUAAUUCGUCAUCCAACGAACAGAAAAUUCCUGAUCAGUCUUAAUCCGAAAGUGAGAGAGAUUAUUCGGGAGGCUAAGUGUUUGUUGAAGAUGCAUCUAAAGGUUCCACUGGCAGCAUUGGAUUUGGUGAAGAUGGAAAGUCAAAUAAAUGCCACUAGUCUAAGACUACAGACUAUUUUGGAAGAUUACGCUGCAACUUGUGAGAGCAUUCCUGCAGAAUUAACCAGCUUGAUGGCAUCAAAAAUUAAAAAUGUGGAAUCUGCUCUUGAAGAAGGGUCACUGCUUUUCUGGUCAUCAUGUCCUUCCUCAUUCGACAAGUUCUUCCAAAAUGCUGACAGUGCUUUGUUUGAGCUCCAGCAUCUUGUUAAGAGGGUGCAGGAUAUUUGCAAAAUACACAUUGAGGAUGUCCUUGAAGACAUCUCUGAGACAUUGCUGAUUGAACUCCCAAAAGAUCAAGCAUCUUCAGUACAGUGCCUCAUCAAUAAUAAUAAGCGUCACUGUAAGGAGCUUGCAAAGAGAAUUAACAACAAAUGUGAUCGAAUAAAGGGAGCGAUAAAGGAGCUGAGGAUUGUGUUGAGUGCUAGUUAUGAAUCAAAAACCAUCAUGAAGGCUGAUGAAAAACCAGUUCCAGGAUUGAGAGAUGUGACAUUCUCAGGAGAGAGCCAGACGAUAAAUGAUGAGGAUGAGGCAGUGUCUUUGGAAGGUCCAGAGGAAGCAAAGGAAAGCACAUUUGAAAGAGAGUUUAUAAAGCUUUAUAAAUGCUUCACUGGAAGAGUAUUAAAUGCACUGGUCAGAGCAACCAAGUUAUCCCUUCAAACCUUGAGCAGAAGAAUAUUUCAAAGUAUGAUCUCUUUUAACAGUUCAAGUAUUCACAAGCAGCCAAAGUCUGCAUCUGAGACAGCUCCACUAAUAAAAUCUGAAGUCAAGCUGUUUUUUUGUGACAUGGCAAUGGUUCCCACUCUCGUUGAGAUCCAACGGGGCAUAUGUCUUUUGAUUGACUUGGUGCUGGAAGUAAGCAAAGGUGUAGUAUGGCAGAGGGAAUACAGUCAUGAUUCAAAAAACAAUGGAGACAAAGAAUGCAACAACUUCCAUUCUGAAGUUAUGGAAAACACAGAAAUCAGACAGAUUAUGGACACUCUGAAAUCAGAAUUAAGCUCCCAAAAACAACAAGAAAGUGAUGUUCUGAAGCAGUUUAGUCAUUUCAGCACGGUCCUUGAUAAAGACAGAAAUCUGAAAGUUCAGGAAUUCAUGGACAGUCAUCCAUCUUUAAGCCACUUCGAAUCUGAAAUCCAGCACUAUGACUCAGUUGAGAAAGAAAUUUCUGCUAUUACGCCCAACCAUGUUUGGGGGUGUACUGAAUUGUCAACAGAGCCAUUAAAAAAGUCAUUGACAGCAGAGGCCAAAGCUUGGAAGGAACUGCUGUGUAAAUACUUGAAGGACGAGCACAAGAAGAAAAUAUAUGACACUGUUUUACACAUCAAGAAAUACCUUGCUCAACUCUCUCAUCCUGUGACUAAUCUGGAAGAUGUGCGCGGUGCCAUGAGGGCUCUGUCUCAGCUUCGGGAUUCUGAAAUACAUACAGAUAUGACACUGAUUUCCAUUGAAGGAGCCUUUGAGAUUUUAAGAAAAUAUGAAGCAGAGAUUACUGAAACGGAGGCAGAGAGGGUGUCAAACCUGAGAAAUUUCUUCAGUAAACUUCAGACUACAGCUAUAUCAGUGCAAGAUGAUCUUGUUCGUAAGCAGCCCAUGUUCAAACAAAACCUUCUGGAGGGUGUAACCAUUUUCCAAAAUGACUGUGGCAAUUAUAUGGAGCGAUAUAAUUCGGAAGGCCCCCUGGCCGAGGGAAUUGCUCCCCAAGAAGCCAGUCGCAGGCUUCAAGUCUUUAAGGCUGACUUUGAGGAACUUUGGAAGAAUUUCAGCAUAUAUAACUCUGGAGAGCAGCUUCUAGGUUUGCCAGUAACAGAGUAUGACUGUCUACACAAGAAAAAAAAAGAGCUCGACCUACUACAGAAACUUUAUGGCCUUUAUGAUGCAGUGAUGGCCAAGAUUGGUGGGUACUACGAAAUUCUGUGGAAAGAUGUGGAUAUUGAGAAGAUCAAUGCAGAGCUUCUGGAGUUUCAGAAUAGAUGCCGUAAAUUACCCAAAGGACUGAAGAGCUGGCAAGCUUUUCUUGACCUGAAGAAGACCAUUGAUGAUUUUAGUGAGUCAUGCCCUCUACUUGAGAUGAUGGCAAGCAAAUCUAUGAUGAGGAGACACUGGGACAGGAUCACAGACCUGACUGGGCACCAUUUUGAGGUGGAGUCUGAGUUCUUUAUGCUGCAGAAUAUCAUGGAAGCCCCUCUGUUGAAGUACAAGGAAGACAUUGAGGACAUCUGCACAACAGCUGUGAAAGAGAAGGAUAUUGAGGCAAAGUUGUCACAGGUGAAAGAGGUGUGGUCUGGACAGACCCUGAGUUUAAAUACAUUUAAGGACAGGGGAGAACUGAUGCUGAAAGGUGGUGAGACAGCAGAGAUCCUCACCAUCCUUGAGGAUAGUCUAAUGGUUCUGGGGUCACUGCUGAGCAACAGGUACAGCGCCUACUACAAAGCAGAGAUCCAGGACUGGGUGUCCAAACUUUCAACAUCAUCUGAUGUCAUUGAGCAGUGGGUUAUUGUGCAAAACCUUUGGAUCUAUUUGGAGGCUGUAUUUGUUGGGGGGGACAUCGCCAAAGACCUUCCACAGGAAGCAAAACGCUUUGAAAACAUUGAUAAGUCAUGGAUUACAAUCAUGCAGCGAGCACAAAAGGUCCCUCAUGUGGUGGAGUGCUGUGUUGGUGAUCCAAUUCUGGGACAGCUGCUGCCAGAUCUUCAGAAACAGUUGGAGUUUUGUCAAAAAUCUCUUGCAGGAUACCUUGAGAAAAAGAGGCUGCUAUUUCCCCGGUUCUUCUUUGUGUCUGAUCCGGCUCUCUUGGAAAUUCUGGGACAAGCCAGUGAUUCUCACACAAUCCAGUCACAUCUACUUGGAGUGUUUGACAACGUCAAUGAAGCAGAGUUUCAUUCAACAGAGUAUGACAAGAUUUUAUCCGUUAUUUCACAGGAGGGAGAGAAAUUACCACUGAACAGGCCUGUAAUGGCACAGGGACCAGUGGAGCUUUGGCUUGGAGAGCUGUUGAAACAACAACAGGCUUCCUUACACACUGUAAUCAGAGCUUCAGAUCAAGAGAUCAACGAUGAAGACUUUGAUCUUCUCUCCUUCCUCAACACAUUCCAGGCGCAGGUUGGCUUGUUGGGAAUCCAGAUGCUUUGGACAAGAGAUGCGCAGGAGGCACUACAGAAUGCUGAAGAUGACCCCGAGAUGAUGCCUUUAACCAAAAAGAAAUUCCUAGAUCUACUCACCACUCUCAUUAAACAAACUACCUAUGACCUGAGCAAAUUUGACAGAGUCAAAUAUGAGACGCUUGUAACAAUCCAUGUGCACCAAAGUGACAUAUUUAAUGACCUAGUCAAAAAGCGUGUCAGAUCUGUCAGUGACUUUGAAUGGCUGAAGCAGAGCAGAUUUUACUUCAAGGAUGAUCAGGAUAUGGUCAUCGUGUCUAUUACUAAUGUCGACUUCAUUUAUCAAAAUGAGUUCCUCGGCUGUACUGAUCGUUUGGUCAUCACUCCCCUAACUGACAGGUGUUAUAUCACACUGUCCCAGGCCUUGGGCAUGAGUAUGGGUGGAGCCCCUGCUGGACCAGCUGGCACUGGGAAAACAGAAACCACUAAAGACAUGGGUCGUUGUCUCGGCAAGUAUGUUGUUGUAUUUAACUGCUCGGAUCAAAUGGACUUCAGAGGACUGGGAAGAAUAUACAAAGGCCUUGCACAGUCAGGGUCUUGGGGCUGCUUUGAUGAGUUCAACAGAAUCGACCUGCCAGUGCUUUCUGUUGCUGCUCAGCAGAUCUAUAUUGUUCUGCAGGCACGCAAGAAACACAAAAGCACUUUCAUCUUUACUGAUGGAGACUGCGUGGAUCUAAAUCCAGAGUUUGGCUUGUUUAUUACUAUGAACCCUGGAUAUGCAGGUCGUCAAGAACUUCCUGAAAACUUAAAAGUGCAGUUCAGGACGGUGUCCAUGAUGGUACCAGACAGGCAGAUCAUCAUGAGAGUUAAACUGGCCAGUUGUGGAUUCAAUGACAAUGUCAUCUUAGCCCAGAAAUUCUUUGUUCUUUAUAAACUGUGUGAAGAACAGCUUACAAAACAGGUCCACUAUGAUUUCGGCUUAAGGAACAUCCUCUCAGUUUUAAGAACACUGGGGGCCUGUAAGAGAGCGCGGCCUGAUGACACAGAGUCCAGCAUUGUCAUGAGAGUGCUUCGUGACAUGAAUCUUUCUAAACUGGUGGAUGAGGAUGAGCCCCUCUUCAAAAGUUUGAUCAAUGACCUGUUCCCUGGUAUCCAGCUGGAUGGGAGCACAUAUGUUGAACUUCAAGCUGCUGUUGACCAUCAAGUUAAGCUUUCUGGCCUCGUCAACCACCCACCAUGGAACCUCAAGCUGGUUCAGCUUUAUGAGGCUUCACGAGUACGUCAUGGCCUGAUGACUUUGGGCCCGAGUGGAGCAGGGAAGACAACGGUUAUCAACACUUUGAUGAAAGCUAUGACUGAAUGUGGGAGUCCACACAGAGAGAUGCGCAUGAACCCCAAAGCAAUCACUGCACCACAGAUGUUUGGUCGUCUUGAUGCAGCCACAAACGAUUGGACGGACGGGAUCUUUUCCACUCUUUGGAGGAGGACACUUAAAGCCAAGAAAGAGGAGUUCAUAUGGAUUGUACUGGAUGGCCCUGUAGAUGCCAUAUGGAUUGAGAACCUCAACUCUGUGUUGGAUGAUAACAAAACGCUGACCCUCGCUAAUGGGGACCGUAUAACUAUGUCUCCAUCCUGCAAGCUGGUGUUUGAGGUACACAACAUGGAUAAUGCUUCUCCUGCUACUGUGUCUCGUGUGGGUAUGGUCUUCAUGAGUUCCUCAGCUCUCAGCUGGCGACCCAUUCUUCAGGGAUGGGCUAACAAGCGUAAUGCUGAAGAGGCAGAAAGCAUCAUGGGUUUGUAUCUCAAAAUAUUUGAGGAUUCCUACCUCUACGUGAAGCAGAACCUUAAACCCAAAAUGGAGCUUUUGGAGUGCAACUACAUAAUGCAGUCUGUCAAUUUGCUGGAGGGCCUCAUUACAACUAAGGAGAAAGGGGGUUUGGCUGGUAGCAAACACCUUGAACGCCUUUUCGUCUUCUGCCUAAUGUGGAGCCUGGGAGCCCUUUUGGAGUUGGAAGACAGGGACAAACUAGAGGCGUAUAUAAGAGCUCACAACAACAAAGUUGAUGUACCCAGAACAAAGUCUGGAGAGACCAUGUUUGAGUAUAUGGUCAGCUCAGAUGGUGAAUGGUGCCAUUGGAAUAACCAUGUUGGGGAGUAUGUCUAUCCAACUGACCACGUGCCAGACUAUGCCUCCAUACUCGUGCCAAAUGUAGAUAACACUAGAACCUCUUUCUUGCUGGAGACUAUUGCUAAACAACGCAAGGCUGUGUUGCUUAUUGGUGAACAAGGGACAGCCAAGACAGUAAUGAUACAAGGUUACGCCAAGAAAUAUGACCCUGAGACUGACCUGUUUAAAUCCCUGAACUUCUCUUCUGCAACAGAACCCAUAAUGUAUCAGAGAACAAUUGAAAGCUACAUUGAGAAAAGAAUUGGCAGCACCUAUGGACCUCCAGGAGGACGCAGAAUGACAGUCUUCAUUGAUGACAUCAACAUGCCAAUUGUCAAUGAAUGGGGAGAUCAGAUCACCAAUGAGAUUGUACGGCAGAUGAUGGAAAUGAGUGGAAUGUACAACCUGGACAAACCUGGAGACUUCACCAAAGUUGUGGAUGUACAGAUACUGGCUGCCAUGAUUCACCCUGGUGGUGGGAGAAACGACAUCCCUCAAAGGCUGAAAAGACAAUUUACAGUCUUUAACUGCACUCUGCCAUCUAACACUUCCAUUGAUAAGAUCUUUGGUGUGAUUGGCUAUGGAUAUUUCCAUUCAUGCAGGAAUUUUCCAGCUGAAAUAUCUGAGAUGGUGAAAUGUCUUGUAUCUGUUGGGAGGAUUUUAUGGCAGCGAACGAAGGCAAAAAUGCUCCCCACACCAUCAAAGUUCCACUACAUCUUCAAUUUGAGAGACUUGUCCAGGAUCUGGCAAGGAAUGUUAAACAUUAAGGCAGAGGAGUGUAACGAUAUCCCCACUCUCUUGGCUCUCUUCAAGUGUGAAUGCACAAGGGUGAUUGCAGACAGAUUCAUUUGUGCAGAGGACAGAGAAUGGUUUGAGAAGGCCAUAACUCGUGUGUUUCAAGAGCAUGUUGACCCUAGCCUUGUCCAAAAAUUGCAUCCAGAGCCGUACUUUGUCGACUUUUUACGGGAUGCUCCUGAGCCAACUGGAGAAGAAGAUGAUGAUGCCUGUUUCGAUGCCCCCAAAAUAUAUGAAAUGGUGCCAAAUUUUGAGUUCUUAUCAGAGAAGCUGAUAAUGUACCAGGCUCAGCACAAUGAAGUUAUUAAAGGCUCCAGCCUAGAUCUGGUUUUCUUCAAGGAUGCCAUGACUCAUCUCAUCAAGAUUUCAAGAAUCAUUCGAACUGACAACGGUAAUGCCCUGCUUGUGGGAGUCGGAGGAUCAGGAAAACAGAGCCUGACUCGCUUGGCAUCAUACAUAGCUGGAUACAACAUUUUCCAGAUAACUCUGACCAGAACGUACAACAUAAGUAAUUUUAUGGAUGACCUGAAAGUGUUGUAUAAGACGGCUGGAGCUGAUGGACAAGGCAUCACCUUCAUCUUUACAGACAACGAAAUAAAAGAUGAAGCCUUCCUUGAGUAUCUCAACAAUGUUCUUUCUUCUGGAGAGGUCUCAAACCUUUUUGCAAAGGAUGAAAUUCAAGAGAUUGCCCAGAACCUGAUCCCUGUAAUGAAAAAGGAGUUCCCUCGUAUUCCACCAACUUUUGACAAUCUUUAUGACUACUUCAUAUCCAGAUCCAGAAAGAAUUUGCAUGUUGUUCUUUGCUUCUCACCGGUGGGGCAGAAGUUUCGCUCCAGAUCCCUGAAGUUUCCAGGGUUAAUAUCUGGGUGUACAAUGGACUGGUUCACUCCUUGGCCCAAUGAGGCACUCGUGGCAGUUUCCAGUCAUUUUUUGUCCGAUUUUCCAAUGGUUUGCACUACUAGUGUGAAAGCUUCGGUUGUGACUACCAUGGGUACAUAUCAUGACAAAGUAUCUGAUGCCUGUGAAACCUACUUUGAAAGGUUCAGAAGAAGAACUCAUGUCACCCCAAAAUCCUACCUUUCCUUCAUAAAUAGUUAUAAAAAGCUGUACACGGAAAAGCAUAACUUUAUCAACACGCUGGCAGAGCGCAUGAAUGUUGGGUUGGCAAAACUUAUGGAGGCCAGUGAGUCUGUGGCUCAAUUAUCUGUACAACUUGAAGUCAAGGAAAAAGAACUUGCUGUGGCAUCUGUCAAAGCUGACAAGGUGGUGGCAGAGGUGACAGUCAUGACUGAAGCUGCAACAGUUGUAAAGAAUGAAGUCCAGGUUGUGAAGGAUAAAGCUCAGAAAAUCGUGGAUGAAAUUGGAGCAGAGAAGGCAAUUGCAGAGGAAAAGCUAAAGGCCGCCGAGCCAGCUUUGGCAGAGGCUGAAGCUGCACUUAAUACUAUUAAGCCUGCUGACAUUGCCACUGUAAGAAAAUUGGCCAAGCCUCCUCAUCUUAUCAUGAGAAUUAUGGAUUGCUGCCUGAUUUUAUUUCAAAAGAGGGUGGACACUGUGACUGUUGAUCCAGAGCGAUCCUGUGUUAAGCCAUCAUGGGGAGAGGCACAGAAGCUUUUUAGCUCUGCUGGUUUCUUGCUGUCCCUCCAGCAGUUUCCAAAAGACAAAAUUAAUGAGGAGGCAGUAGAAUUCUUGCAACCAUACUUUGAUAUGGAAGAUUACACAAUGGAAAAUGCUAAGAAAGUGUGCGGAAAUGUAGCUGGACUGCUAGCAUGGACCAGGGCCAUGGCCACAUUCUUUGGCAUCAACAAAGAAGUGCUACCACUCAAGGCUAACCUCACCAUUCAAGAAGGCAGGUUAGGAGUGGCGAAUUCUGAGCUAGCCAAGGCCGAGGCCCAGCUGGCUGAGAAGCAGGCAGAGCUGAACAUAGUCCAGGCCAAAUGUGAUGCUGCAAUGAAAGAGAAACAAGACUUGCUUGAUGAUGCUGAAAUGUGUAAAAACAAAAUGCAAGCUGCAUCUGCACUCAUUGAUGGGCUGAGUGGAGAAAAAAUUCGCUGGACAGAGCAAAGCAAAGAAUUCCAGUCACAGAUCAACAGACUUGUUGGUGAUGUGCUCCAGCUCACUGGCUUUCUGUCUUACUGUGGGCCAUUUAACCAGAGUUUCCGUGACAUGCUGUUGAAUGAAAUAUGGAAAAAGGAGCUAAAAAGAAAUCAAAUUCCUUUUUCAGGAGACCUCAACCUCAUUUCAGCCUUAGUAGAUCCCCCUACAAUAAGUGAGUGGAACCUUCAAGGACUCCCAGGAGAUGAUUUGUCCGUACAGAAUGGCAUAAUUGUCACAAAAGCAACAAGAUACCCCCUCCUCAUUGAUCCCCAGACUCAGGGAAAGGCUUGGAUUAAAAAGAAAGAAAAGUCGAACUCAUUACAAGUGACAUCACUCAACCACAAGUUCUUUCGCUCUCAUUUGGAAGACUGUCUUUCUCUGGGACAUCCAUUGCUUAUCGAGGAUAUAUGUGAAGAGCUUGACCCUGCUCUUGACAAUGUCCUUGAGAAAAACUUUAUAAAAUCAGGGCGAAGUUUCAAGGUUAAAGUGGGGGACAAGGAGUGUAAUGUGACAGAAGGGUUUCAGCUUUAUAUAACCACCAAGCUACCUAAUCCAGCAUACAGCCCAGAAGUCAGUGCCAAGACAUCAAUUAUUGAUUUCACUGUAAACAUGAAGGGCCUGGAGAACCAGCUUCUCGGUCGUGUCAUUCUUCAAGAGAAAUAUGAACUAGAGGCAGAAAGAUUGAAGCUAAUUGAGGAUGUAACAGCAAAUAAGAGAAAGAUGCAGGAGUUGGAGGACAACUUACUGUUCAAAUUAAGCAGCACAGAAGGUUCCUUGGUUGAUGAUGACUCCAUGAUCAGCAUUCUAAGUACAACCAAGCAAACCGCUGCUGAAGUUAGUGCAAAGCUGGAGGUUGCAGCAGAAGCAGAGACAAAGAUCAAUAUUGCUCAAGCAGAAUAUCGUCCUGUUGCCUCUCGAGGCAGCAUCCUUUACUUCCUUAUCACAGAGAUGAGCAUGGUCAAUGUCAUGUACCAGACCUCCUUGGCUCAGUUCCUCAAACUUUUUGACUUGUCGCUGGAAAGGUCAGAGAAGUCCACUAAAACUAAGAGGCGGAUUGAAAACAUCAUUGAUUAUCUGACCUUUGAAGUGUUCAGGUAUACAGUGAGAGGCCUGUAUGAAAACCACAAGUUCAUCUUCACACUCUUGCUGGCCCUGAAGAUUGACUUACAGAAUAACAAAAUAGAACCUAACAAAUUUCAAAUACUCAUUAAAGGGGGUGCAGCACUUGACCUGAAGACCUGUCCCCCAAAGCCAUUCAACUGGGUUCUGGAUAUGGCAUGGUUGAACUUGGUAGAACUCAGCAAUUUACUACAGUUCAAUAACAUCUUAAACCAGGUUUCUCAAAAUGGGAAAACCUGGAAAGCAUGGGUCAACCUUGAUGCUCCAGAGAAUGGAGUCAUCCCCGAUGGAUACAACUCUGUAGAUGUGUUUGACAAACUUUUACUCAUUAGGUCUUGGUGCCCUGACCGUACUUUGUCUCAGGCUAGAAAAUAUGUUGGAGAAUCUUUGGGAACGAGGUUUGCUGAGCCAGUGCUUUUGAACCUUCAUGGUACAUGGGAGGAGAGUGACCCUCGCACUCCUCUCAUUUGCUUUCUUUCUAUGGGCUCAGAUCCAACUGAACAAAUUGAAGCACUUGCUAAGAAACGUAAUCUUGAAUGCCGAGCCAUAUCCAUGGGGCAAGGGCAAGAGGUGCAUGCAAGGAAACUUGUUCAGAUGUCAAUGACACAGGGAGGCUGGGUCCUGCUGCAAAAUUGUCACCUUGGUCUGGAGUUCAUGGAUGAGUUGCUGGAAACUAUCUUAACAGCAGAGACAAUGCAUGAUACGUUUAGGGUGUGGAUCACCACAGAACCACAUGAUCGAUUCUCCAUCACACUCUUGCAGUCCUCUAUUAAGUUUACCAACGAUCCACCUCAGGGAGUGCGGGCUGGACUCAAACGAACAUUUGCAGGAAUAUCACAAAACCAGUUGGAAGUUAGCAACCUUCCCAUGUGGAAGCCUUUGCUGUACUGCGUGGCCUUCCUCCACACUGCUGUGCAGGAACGUCGAAAAUUUGGACCAUUGGGUUGGAACAUCCCAUAUGAAUUCAAUUCUGCUGACUUCACUGCAAGUGUUGAAUUUGUUGAGAGACACUUGGAUGACUGUGGCCCCAGAAAGGAUGUGUCAUGGGUCACUGUGCGAUACAUGCUGGCUGAGGUCCAGUACGGUGGAAGGGUCACAGAUGACUAUGACAAACGACUGCUUAAGUGUUUUGCACGUGUGUGGUUCAGUAAAAAGAUGUUUGACCCAGCCUUUUGUUUCUACACCGGGUAUAAGAUACCAGUGUGUAAAACAGUUGAGAAGUACAUGGAAUAUAUUCAGAGCCUGCCUACUGUUGAUACACCUCAAGUGUUAGGGCUGCAUCCUAAUGCUGAUAUCACGUAUCAAACAAACACAUCUGCUGAGGUGCUAGACACAAUCACACAUAUCCAGCCAAAGGAGAGUGGGGGUGGAUCAGGAGCAACUCGUGAGUCAGUUGUUUAUGAUAUGGCUGAAGACAUGCUGAACAAACUGCCACCUAAUUAUGUGCCACAUGAGGUCAAGGCCAGACUGGAGAAGAUGGGUGCUCUGAAACCAAUGAAUAUCUUCUUACGCCAGGAGGUGGACAGAAUGCAAAGAAUCAUCAGUGUGCUUUGCACUAGUCUGACUGACCUGAAACUGGCCAUUGAUGGUACUAUCAUAAUGAGCGAGAACCUUCGGGAUGCCCUUGACAAUAUUUUUGAUGCACGUGUGCCAAACUUGUGGAGGAAAAUCUCCUGGGAAUCAUCCACACUCGGCUUUUGGUUCACAGAGCUUCUUGAGAGAAACAAACAGUUCCACAGUUGGGUAUUUAAAGGAAGGCCCAAAACGUUCUGGAUGACAGGAUUUUUCAACCCUCAGGGUUUCCUAACGGCUAUGAGACAAGAAGUCACAAGGGCAAACAAAGGCUGGGCUCUGGACACUGUCACCCUGCACAACACUGUACUGAAGCAACAUAAGGAGGAGAUCACAGCGUCACCAACAGAGGGAGUCUAUGUUUAUGGGCUGUACCUAGAUGGUGCUGGCUGGGACAGGAAGAACACCACUCUGAUUGAAUCCUCACCCAAAGUGCUCUUCACACCUUUGCCAGUCAUUCACAUGUUUGCUGUAAACUCCACUGCCCCUCCAGAUCCCAAGCUUUAUGUCUGCCCCAUCUACAAGAAACCAAGGCGCACAGACCUGAAUUACAUCACAUUUGUUGUGUUGCCUACUGUUCAGUCACCAGACCACUGGAUCCUGCGUGGGGUUGCCCUGCUUUGUGACAUAAAAUAA